AACAACAAACAUGUCUGCGUCCAUGAGAAAUCUCACGUUUUCUAAGCUUAAAUAUCUCCACUCAAUGUUUUAUCGUUCAAAGAAGACUUGGAAAGGAAACAGAAUGAAGGAGAAACAUCCUGCUCUUGGAAAUAUUGGCGAAAUUCCACUAGAAACCCGCUUGACCGGUGAAGCUGAGGACCAGGAUGUUUUUAUGGCGUACCGUGAGAUGAUAUCUGAUUGCUAUACAACUGCUGAUAGGAGCCUCUUGUUGCAGUUGAAUGAGCAAGAUAACUUACUUGACAUUAUUACACGUGUGCAAAAUGUGUAUGGAACUAUCAAAAAAGGGUUUUAUUUUCCAAAUGAUGAUAAAAAGAAGUUGGUACUGGUUGAAUUUUCAUACAGUGAAAAGCUAGAUGCAAGAACACCAUUGCGUGUGAAAGAUACAAGUGAGUUAGAGAAAGUUAAAGGACGUGAUAAAAAUAUUAACAGUUUGAUGGAAAAGAUUAUAAAAUAUCAGCCAAAAACAUACCAACCGGACUCACUCAAACAUUGCAACAGUGUUUCAGAUCAGUUAAUGUGUUUAUACAAAGAAAUGCAGAUGUCAGAAGCUAUGGUGCGAUUACAUUUCUUCGUUGGUAUGCUGGUUUUAAGAAGUGUCAGAAAAAAAUUUAAAGAUGCACAGGUUAUGUUCCAUGGAUCAUCAUCGUGUGGUUUAGCAUUAGAGGGAAAGUCUGACCUUGACAUGGUGAUCCUGAAGGAUGAUGUUCUAGAUGAAUAUGAGGUCCUCAAACCAUUAUCAAAAGAGGUUAGGAGAAAUGCUGGGUUAUUUAGCCAUGUUCUCCAUCUUCCACAUGCUCGGGUGCCAAUAAUCAAGUUUGACCAGAUUCACACAAAGAUGUCAUGUGACCUUAGCUGUAAUAGAUUGGGUGGUAUUUUAAUGGCAGAGAUGUUGUAUUGGUUAAAUGUAUAUGAGCCCAUGUUUUACCCCCUUGUCAUCGCGGUAAAGAUGUGGGGUAGGGAGCACCAUAUGACUUCAUCUGGAAUGGGACAUCAUUUUUCCAACUACAUGUUGACCAUGUUAAUGCUUGCCUACCUGCAGCAUGUGGGACUUCUUCCAGCCUUGAAAACAGUAUAUGCAAACACAGAUCGGGGUAGGGGAGGUAAAUCUGCAGAUAUUCUGUCUACAUGGAGGGAUACUGUAUUGAAGAAACCAAAAAGAAAUACAGGCAAAAUCUUCCUGGAUAAUGAUAUAGGUAGCUUGUUGCUAGGAUUUUUCCAGUAUUAUAGCAAAUUUCCAUUUGAAGAUUAUAUAAUAGAUGUGCAUUUUGGAAAGGUGAUCAAAAGACCACAUAGGUACGAUAUCUGUGUUAUAAAUCCACAUGAGUCUGACCACAAUGUUUGUAAAAAUGUGAGAGCCAUUCAGGUAGAUAGGUUCCAACAGAUGUGUAAACAUUCUGCAAAGAUUCUUGAAAUUAAUCAGGAGAAAUCUGCAGACAACUCCCCAUGGGGAUUGGCUUGCGUAUUGUCCAAUCAGAUCCUGAAAGAGAAGAAAAGAGGUAUACUGUUUGAUUUAGAUAUUGAAUUUGGUACUGAUGAUGGUCAGGUAGAGGAAGUAGCAAUUGAAGUUGGUGGUGAAGAUGAACUAGAUGUGUCCGAUUUACAUGUUAAUAAAAAUACCCCCGAUCAUGAAAAGGAUGCUUUUGAAGACAUAUUAGGGAUGGAAAAGGAUGAAAAUAUACAUACUAAAACUGAUGGUGAAAAUAAAUUGAAUGAAUCAGUGGAUACUGAUAUCGAUAUAGACAAGAGUGCUGAUAUGAUUGUAGAAAUUGUCAAAGAAAUUCAAAAACAAGAACAAACUGGAAUGUCUAACAAGAACAUAAAUGCAGAGAAUAUUGCAGAUUCAACAAAUGAAAUGAAACGAACAAAGAAGAAGAAAAAGAGAAAAAAGAAUGCUCUUAGAGACAUACACGUAUUAGGGAUGGGAAAGGAUGAAAAUAUAAAUACUAAAACUAAUGGUGAAAAUAAAUUGAAAGAUUCAAUGGAUACUGUUAUCGAUGUAGACAAGAUUGCUGAUAUGAUUUUAGAAAAUGUCAAAGAAAUUCAAAAUCAAGAGCAAACUAGAAUGUCUAACAAGAGCAGAAAUGCAGAGAAUAUUGCUGAUUCAACAAAUGAAAUGAAACAAACAAAGAGGAAAAAGAAAAAAAAGAAAAAGAAGAAAGGAAAUCUAAACAUUGUAUUGAGUGAAAGUUAAAUAGCAUUAGCACAGAAAUUGAAGUGACUUUAAGCUUAAGGUAUUCUGCACAUUCAGGUGAAAAAGUUUUUUUUUUACAUUGAAGAAUUGCAUUGAAACCUAUAUUUUUAAUCCCCCGCCG